ACAGGGAUCUCCCAGUUGCGGCUCUAACCACUAGGCUACAGGAUCUCCUGACAUGGGGCUUCCUCUGUCUCUCCUGUUUCCACCAUGGAUAAGUGAUGAAAAUCUGAGUGGAGCUGGAUUCUGGGUAUCCCACAUCCUGUGUGUGUCCUGUAAUCCGCAAGUUAGAGUCCUCUUGCCCUCUGUACCACACUGCGGCUUCCUGAGGGUUAGAAAUUCUUUGCAGAGCAUCAAUUCACCUGCUUUCUUCUCUGUUUGCAGAGGCAUCAGUUGGACCAUCUGCCAGGAAAAAGACAAGAGUCAUGGCCAGGGCUAAAACUUGGAUCCUGACCUUGGUUGUGUUGCUCUUCUCUGGGACGUGGGGCACAGUGGGUGCCCAGGAGAACAUUCACUGGGAAGUGCAGCGGUACGACGGCUGGUACAACAACCUCCAGUACCACAGGCUUGGCUCUGCCGGUUCCACGCUGCUGCGCCUCCUGCCGGCUAACUAUGCCGACGGUGUGUACCAGGUGCUGGAGGAGCCGCACGUGCCCAACGCUCGCAAACUCAGCAACGCGGUUGCACAGGGGCCCUCGGGGCGGCCCUCCGUCGGGAACAGAACCGUGCUGGGCGUCUUCUUUGGUUUCCACGUGCUCGCAGAGACCCUGUCGGUGGAGAACCCCGGCUGCCCGGCUGAGUUCAUCAACAUCCUCAUCCCCCAGCGAGACCCCGUGUUCGACCCCGAGGGCACCAGCGACAUGGUCCUGCCCUGCCAGCGCAGCAAGUGGUCUGUGGAGACGGGGCAGAGCCCCAACCACCCCCGAGAGCAGAUCAACGUGGUGACGGGCUGGCUCGACGGAAGCGCCAUUUAUGGCCCUUCGCAUUCCUGGAGUGACGCCCUGAGGAGUUUCUCCGGUGGGAAGCUGGCAUCAGGGUCAGAAGCCAGCCUCCCGCAGCAGACCAACGGGAGAAACUUCAUGUGGAAGGCUCUGGACCCGUCCACCGGGGAAGGGGGGUCCCAAGGGAUCUACGACUUCGGGAAUGCCAGAGGGAACGAGAACCUGUUCCUGCAGGCCGAGAGCAUCGCGUGGUUCCGCUACCACAAUCUCCGGGCCUCCGAGCUGGCCCGGCAGAACCCUGGCUGGUCGGACGAGGACGUGUUCCAGCACGCACGCAAGUGGGUCAUUGCCACCUACCAGAACAUUGUGCUGUAUGAGUGGCUGCCCACGUUCCUGCAAAUAAAUGUCGCCCCGUACCAAGGUUACAAGCAGCACGUGGUUCCCAGCAUCUCCCCCGAGUUCCUGGUGGCCAUGGUGCAGGCCCUGGCGACCAUGGUGCCCCCCGGAGUCUACAGGAGAAACGAAACCUGCGAUUUCCCAGAGGUGAUCAACCUAGACGGCACCAAGUCGCCGGCCUUCCGGCUCUGCAACAGCUACUGGAGCAGAAAGAACCCCAAUCUCCUGGCCGUGCGGGACGUGGACAACCUGCUGCUGGGGAUGAGCUCCCAGAUCGCGGAAGAGCAGGACAACGUGGUGGUGGAGGAUCUCCGAGACUACUGGUACGGGCCCCUGAAGUACUCCCGCACCGACUAUGUGGCCAGCUACAUCCAGCGGGGGCGCGACCUCGGCCUGCCCACCUACAACAAGGUCCGGGAGCUCUUCAGCUUACCCCCCGCCCAGAACUGGUCCUUUUUCGCCCACGUGGACGCAAAGGUCCGUCAGGAAGUAGCUGCCUUGUACGCCAAUGACAUCUCCAAGCUGGAGUUCCUGCCGGGGGCCCUGCUGGAGAACAACCAGAGUGCCGGAAGCCUCUCCAGCGCCAUCAUCUCGGACCAGUUUACGCGCCUGCGGGACAGCGACAGGUUUUGGUUUGAAAACAUCAAGAACGGGUUAUUCACACAAGCGGAAAUUGACGAGAUUCGAAAGAUCACGUUCCGGGACGUCCUGGGUAACGUCACCUACGUGGGGCCGGAGGCCUUCCCGAAGCAGGCGUUCAGCUGGAGCGCGGCCGAUCGGUGUCCUCAGCCCGGGCAGCUAACGGCGGCGCUGCUGGCCAACUGCACGCCCAUGACAGUGCUGGACUAUUUCGAAGGCAGCGGGGCCGGAUUCGGGCUCAUCCUUGUGGCGCUCUGCUGUUUCCCCUUAGUGAGCCUGUUCGUUGCCUGGAUCGUCGCUACCUUCCGCAAGCGGGAUUUCAAGCGGCUGCAGCGGAAAGCCAACCCCAGCCUGAGGAAGGAGGUGUCGGGCGAGGGCGUGCAGGCCUUGGAGUGGCAAGGUCCCAAGACGGACAACAAUCUCGUCUACCUGCAGCUUCACCCGGACAAGGCCAUCAAAGUGCUGGAUGGCCGGCGAGCCCUGCUCCGCAGCAUCAGCCUGAAAACCCAGUCGCAGGUGGACGUGGUCCUCUCCAUGAACAGAGGGAACAAGGCCUUGCUCCUCAAGGUUCCCAAAGAGUACGACCUGGUGCUGCUGUUCGAUGGCGAGGCGGAGCGCAGUGACUUCAUCCACAAGCUGACCGACUACCUGGAGCGCAGCGGGCUGUUCCUCAGCGUGGCCGACAUGACGGAGCAGAGCCUGCUGAAGAGAGCCGUGACCAAAGAGCAGAGGAAGCGGAUCCUGGAGACUUUCUUCAGACAUUUGUUUGCCCAGGUGCUGGACAUUAACAAGUCGGACGCCGGGGACCUCAACUCUGAAACGUCCUUGACAGCCAAAGAGUCCCUGAAGUGUGAGCUGAGCCGGGCUGAGUUUGCGGAGUCGCUGGGGCUCAAGCCCCAGUCCAUGUUUGUGGAGUCCAUGUUCUCCCUGGCGGACAAAGAUGGGAAUGGGUAUCUCUCCUUCCGGGAGUUCCUGGACAUCUUGGUGGUCUUCAUGAAAGGGUCCCCGGAGGAGAAGUCCAAGCUGAUGUUUGCCAUGUACGACGUCGACGGGAACGGCUUCCUCUCGAAGGAGGAGUUCUUCAGGAUGCUGAGGUCCUUCAUCGAGAUCUCCAACAACUGCCUCUCGGGCGAGCAGAUCGCGCAGGUGAGUGAGUCCAUGUUCCAGGUGUCGGGCUUCCAGGACAAGGAGGAGCUGACAUGGGAGGAUUUUCACUACAUGCUGCGGGACCACGACAACGAGCUCCGCCUCACCCAGCUCUGCAUCAAAGGAGUGCCUGACGUGUUCAAGACAAACAUGAACAACCGCGUCUCCUUCAUAAACAAGCCCAGGACCAACGGGACGACGCCUCACCAGCCGCACUUGUACACCGAGGCCCAAAGGACCAAAUACCAGCGGAGCAAAGUGCACCAGAAGGUCCAGCAAUUCAAGCGGUUCAUCGAGAACUACCGGCGCCACAUCGUCUGCGUGGUGCUCUUCGAACGCGCGUACUACUAUGGAUUUGCCUCGCCGCCCACCGGAGUGGCGCAAACCACCUUUGUGGGCAUCAUCAUCUCCCGGGGGGCGGCGGCCAGCAUCUCCUUCAUGUACUCCUACAUCCUGCUCACCAUGUGCCGCAACCUCAUCACCUUCCUGCGGGAAACCUUCCUCAACCGCUACGUCCCCUUCGACGCUGCCGUGGACUUCCACCGCUGGAUCGCCACGGGCGCCCUCAUCUUCUCCAUUCUGCACACCUUGGGCCACGUAGUGAACGUUUACAUCUUCUCGGUCAGCCCGCUCAGCAUCCUCUCCUGCCUCUUCGCCAACGUCUUCAUGGACGAUGGGUCCCAGAUGCCCCAGAAGUACUACUGGUGGUUCUUCGAGACCGUCCCAGGCAUGACCGGGGUGCUGCUGCUGGUGAUUCUGGCAGUGAUGUACGUGUUCGCCUCCCGCCACCUCCGGCGCAUCAGCUUCCGGGGCUUCUUGAUAACCCAAUGCGUUACCUACCUCAAGUUCCAGAGGCCGCAGGACUUCGACUACAAGUCUGGGCAGUGGGUGCGAAUUGCCUGCCUCUCCCUGGGGACCAACGAGUACCACCCCUUCACCCUGACCUCUGCCCCGCAUGAGGACGUGCUGAGCCUGCAUAUCCGAGCCGCCGGGCCCUGGACCACCCGGCUGCGGGAGCUGUACUCCCCGGAGAGCGUGGCUGAAAUCGGCAGAUAUCCCAAGCUCUACCUGGACGGGCCGUUCGGCGAGGGCCACCAGGAGUGGAACAAGUUUGACGUGUCCGUGCUGGUGGGAGGAGGCAUCGGGGUGACUCCCUUCGCCUCCAUCCUCAAAGACCUGGUCUUCAAGUCCUCCGUCAGCGCCAAGAUGCCUUGCAAGAAGAUCUACUUCAUCUGGGUGACGCGGACGCAGCGGCAGUUCGAGUGGCUGGCCGACAUCAUCCGCGAGGUGGAGGAGAACGACCGGCACGACCUGGUGUCCGUGCACAUCUACAUCACCCAGCUGGCGGAGAAGUUCGACCUGCGCACCACGAUGCUGCAUGACACCCCGGCUUUCCUGCUCCCCCAGGUGUGUAAGGUUGGCGUGUUCAGCUGCGGCCCCCCGGGGAUGACCAAGAACGUGGAGCAAGCCUGCCAGCAGAUCAACAAACUGGACCAGACCUACUUUGUGCAUCACUAUGAGAACUUCUAACCCCGCCCCCCAGCCCCCCAGCCAGCGCCCGCUCCCUGGGCUGCCACGGCCAGAACUAGGCGCUUGCAGAGUCCUGGGGAAGGUUCAAAGGGCGCUGCUGGGUGUCCGCGCCACGUCCCCGCAGAGCCUCC